CUGCCCUGCCCUGCCCUGCAAAUUAAAGCCAUUACUUCAACCCAAGCAGUCUGGUAGGUCCAGUUUCACACCCAUAUAUAGGGCUCAACGUUUGCUACAUUAGACAUCGGUAUAAGAAAAAUAAACCCAACAAAACAAAAAAGCAGGAAAACAAGGAAAGGUGAAAAAAAAAAUUGAGAGGAUGGCAAUGGAAGCUGAGAAGCUAAAUGUUGUGAUUUUAUGUGUUUUUGUAAUUGCAAUAACAAUCCCAACAACAGUGAGGGCAAACAUUGCGGAUUUUGAUGAGCAUUGGCAGCAGAGAGCCGCAGAAGCCAAGAAGGCCGCCCAUGAAGCCUACCAUGAUGAUCCUAUAGCAGUCACCGAGCAUUUCAACAAGCAAGUCCUUGACACCUUCGAUUAUGCAAACAACACAAGAAGGAACUUGAACCAGAAGUACAAGGGUCCAUGCAUGGCUACAAACCCUAUCGAUCGUUGUUGGCGAUGCGAUCCAAACUGGGAAAAAAAUCGCAAGAGGCUAGCCAAUUGUGCCCUUGGCUUUGGGCGCAAGACAACUGGAGGGAAACUUGGACCAAUAUAUGUGGUCACAGAUAACACCGACGCUGACCUAGUGAACCCGAAACCUGGGACACUCCGCCACGCCGUGAUUCAAAAUGGGCCACUUUGGAUCAUAUUUGCUCGGGACAUGAGGAUAAAGCUGACUGAAGAGCUUCUGGUGGCCAGUGACAAGACCAUUGAUGCACGAGGUGCGAACGUGCACAUCCUUGACGGCGCCCAAAUUUCAUUGCAGUUUGUGAAGAAUGUGAUCAUCAGCAACCUCCACAUCCAUAACAACAAGCCUGGAAAUGGCGGCCUGAUUAGGGACUCUAUCAAUCACUUUGGACAGCGCACGCGUAGCGACGGAGAUGGAAUAUCCAUGUAUGGAGCCACAAACGUUUGGAUAGACCAUCUCUCUUUGUCAAAUUGCGCAGAUGGGCUCAUUGAUGCCAUCCAAGGCUCUACGGCCAUCACCAUAUCCAACUGUCACCUCACCAAUCAUAAUGAUGUGAUGUUGUUUGGUUCAAGUGAUAGCAACUCUCAGGAUCAAGUGAUGCAGAUAACUCUGGCUUUCAACCAUUUCGGGAAGGGGUUGGUUCAGCGGAUGCCAAGGUGCCGGUGGGGAUUUUUCCAUGUCGUCAACAACGACUACACUCAUUGGCUUAUGUAUGCCAUUGGUGGCAGCCAACACCCUACCAUAAUUAGCCAGGGCAACCGGUUCAUUGCUCCGUCGAACCAAGCGACUAAAGAGGUGACUCAUAGGAACAAUGCACAAGAGAGCGAGUGGAGAUCAUGGAAUUGGAGAUCAGAGAAUGAUCUUAUGAUGAACGGAGCAUUCUUUGUUCAAUCUGGAAGCCCCAUUAGGAAUCUCCCAAAGGCAGACAUGAUCCAGGCAAAACCUGGGUCAUUUGUGACCAGGCUCACGCGCUUUGCCGGUCCUCUUAAAUGCAUUAAAAAUAAGCCAUGUUAAUGUGUAUGUGGGAAUAAACAAAAAAUGAAAUUUGUAUAUAAAUGUAUGAAGCUCAAACUGAACCCUGUUCAGAAAAAACAGAGGUUGUAGCAGUAGACAGUGAAGAGUCACACUGUCUUCUUAUUGCUUUUGUAGUUUCAAUUAUAGGGGGAUCUGACAGUUUGGGGAAGAAGGGAAAAAUAAAGGCUAGAAUUGGGAGAAAUAAUGCAAUUGAUAUAAUUUCUGAUUUCAUCGGUUGAUUUAAUUUGUUCUUUCUGGUAAA